CUACAUUCGGGGAAUGUCCAUUGGCAAGCGUAAAAUGUAAUUCAGACGGUGGUGGCUGCAAAUGUAAAAUGCAAACUGAAGCGCCUCAGAGCUCUGCACUGCCGGAAGUGUCUCUUGACGGGCGCAAAAGUUUCGCCAGGAAAGAAGUCUCCGACACCAGAAUUUCACCUGCUGGGAUCACAAACCAUUCGACAUGCAAGAGCGCUGCGUACCUCCUGUCCAAUCGAAAGCAGCUACACCCCAUUGUUGGAGGUCCAUAUAGAAGUAGCAUGAGGAUGUAUGCAGUAUCGGAGCCUGCGAAGUCUGCCAGUAAAAGUGCCAUCGGACAGAGAGUCAUGUCUGCAAAGAUGCUGCGGGUCAAGCAGCUCCAGAAUCAACUGUCCGAUGCGCAUUAUCAUCUGAACGAACUGGCCAACGAGAACAGAUUGCUGAAGGCUUUGCAGAAGAGGCAGGAUACCGCGUUAAGGCGAUACGAAGGUACCAAUGCAGAGCUGCCGAGGAUCAUUCAUUCCCACCACGAGGAACUGAGAGUGUUGCAGACGAAAUACAAGAAGCUGAAGGCCCAGCAUCACGCCACGUGCUGUUUACUGAAAGACAAGGAAAACGAGCUGCAUGCGUUACAAUCGCAAAACAGACACCUUUUGCAGCUGAGCAAGGAUAGAAAUCUGGGGGAACGGGAGAAAUUGCAGACGGAGGUUUCCGACUUGACCCACAGAAUUCAGCAACAACAGGAGACGAUCCAGACCCUGAACAGGAAGCUGACCCUCGAGACGAAGAGCUUGAAGCACCAGCUUAGCUCGGAAAUUGCCAAGCACAAGGAGACGCAGAAAGUGCUCGGCGACACUCUGGAGAAGAUGAAGUUCCUGGAGGAGAUGCUCGACAACAGAGAGAGGAGGUUGUUCGCUUCUGGACAGCUGCCUGUUUUUGGAAAAGCCAAAAAUCUGGCCAGCCAGUCCCUCAUUAAUCUCGACGGCGGCAGUACCACCAUAAACAUUCUGAAACCUACCAGCAGAGGUAAAGGAAAUCAAGGCGAAGCGCAGAACGAAGUCUUGCCGACCCUUGCAACCUCGGACGUCGCCGAUGGUAAUAAACUCGGUAUGCCUCUUUCGAGCUCGACUUCGGAAUUUUUGUCGGUCUCGCCGAAAACCGAGACCAUGGCGAGUUUUCAGCAGCUCAGGAAGUUCCGCCUGCAGAGAUCAUCUCCGGGGCGAGAGGGUUUCUCCGUGGAGAAGCUGAGAGAUCGAACGGAGGAGUCCAACGCAGGGAGUCCGGAGGAUUCGAAGAGGUCGCAGAACGUCGGCGAGGGCGAUCGACUUACCCUGAAGGACUACGAGAGAGACGUCAAGAGGUUCGAGGAGAGCCUCGAGGAAAGGCGAGGCAAGGGUGUUUACGAGCUCCCGAAGGAGCUGAAGAAGGAGUUCGGAUACUCCAGCGACGAGAGCGGAAGCGAAGACGAGUCUAGACCUUUGGAGGAGACCUAUCCACCUCUGGGCUCGUUUAGUAGGUCCAAGGAAUUGUACGCCAGGUUAAUAAGCGACAAGGAUGGCAGUAGAGGUACCCAGGAGUUCAGCUCGACGAAGAAGAUGCCUCGGUCGGUCACGGAAGAGGAUCUGGAAAAAUUCAUCAGCCAGGAAGUCAGACUGAGCCAAAGGUCCGUUGUCAAAGGGACGAGUCAGCGGAUAUUCUCGAGCAGCGAGACCAAAGUGAGAGCGCGGAAAGCUGGGGAUGCCGAGACUUUUCCUCAGGGUGAUACGAGUGCCAACGAGUUUUCGAGGAAUCCUGACGAGAUGGACUUCAUGGAGGAGCGAGUCGAGGUCUCCGAAAGGGACGCGACGAGUCCUGGGGAAAAUCUUGUACGGCUCAACGUAAAUGCGUCCGAUUCCGAUUCCGAAUCCGAGAGGUCUACCGUAAGGAAAGGAGGUCUAUCCUCCGCGACCCAAAAAGACAAAGUCGUCAGCGAAAUCCCAGACAAUGGCCAACUGCGGUUGGUAAACAUCACCAAGUCGUGGAGCGAGCUGCGAGAGAAAAUCAUGAAAGAUCGAGAAACUUCCGAGCGUCAAAUUAGGGCUCUUGAAAACAGCAUAAAGGAGGAUAAACUGGCCAAAAGUGAAACGAAUUUUCCCUCGAUCUUCAAGGACGACUUCGAGUCUCUCUUGUCCUCCAAAAAGGACUCCGAAGCGCCCUCGAGGAACCUCUUGAAGGAAGACGAAGACGCCGUGAACGAGGAUGAUGGAAAAAUUCUGCUGGACUCGGAAAUUAAUUCUGAGAUAUUAGAGGUCUCGCAUGAAAACACGGAAUGCGAGGAUAAAGCGGAAUUAAAUGGUUUGGCCGAGUUGAAGAGGGAAUUGCUGGUGCUCCAGAAACCGAGAAAAUUUAAGGAAGAGUCGCACCCAGGUGGAGAGGAUUUUCUUUCCACGGUGGAAGAAGAAUUACUCAAAACUGACGCUGCCCAUGAAAGACUGAAGAGUUUGGUGAUAGGGACCGAUACGAGUGAUGAGAAAAUUGUGAGGAAUCUCGACGAAGAAGUUAGAGAGAGGUUAGAUGGCUCGGGACCUGAUAGCUUAGGAAAAUUGCAAGGUGAGGUGCAAUAUUCUGUUAAAGCGAAGAUAGACGAAGAGUCAAUGUUGGAAGAGCUCAAGGGGGAGGUUUCCAAGGACUCGAGGACGAUUAAUUAUAACAAGGAGAAAUUGUUGGCUGCGAUGAAAGCUAUAGAUGAUAAUGAAAAUAUCGAGUUCAUCGAUCAGAAGUCUAGGAGGAGCAUCUCCUCGAACAGGCUGCAAAUUACUGAGAAUCUUUACAGAGGCCUGCCGACUCACUCGAAGAAGAAAGACGAUCUUAUAAAGGAGAUAUUUGGGGAAGGAAAGGCGGAUAAUAAAGUCAGAAACGGUUGCAGCAAAUUGCAUUAACCUCGGAUAGCGACGUUCCUGGGGACGUCUGAGAGGUUAUGUUGAAAGUUGUCGAAAGGAAUUAAAAAUAGGAAUAUUUGUAAAUAUUUUACAUGGAACCUGCCGUGGAAAACUAUCUCGUGAUGUUCGAUUUGGGCAAAAACCAAUUAGUUGUAAAUUAAAGGAUAGUGGAUGAAGCAACGGCUGCACUUUGCGUUUUAGAUUUCAGUAAUUUACUGGAAUCGUUUUGAAGAAUGAUAUCUAGGAAAAUCGUGUCUGUACAAAGUGUAUUUAGUCGACGAGACGUGUACAAAAUGUCGAUGUACGA